AUGGAGAACACAAUUAAAUGGCCCAUACAAAGUGACAUUAAAAAUGCAACUUUGGUUUUGCAAGAGGACAAGAGAAAAAACAUUAUUUUACCUAAUGCUGUAAGUAAUGAGAAAGCUACACUUGUUCAGGAAAGUCUGGUGGGUUUACCAUUAAACAAGACUCACAAGCAAUUUGGAAUGGGUUAUUUGACAACUGAGCAAGACUUGUUUAUGCUCGACAUGGUUAGUGAAUCUGUACUUGAAACAAAGAUUGAAAGUCCAAGUUUCUUACGUGUCUCCUCUGUUACAAAUGGUGAAAACUCAUUAUUUAUAAAGGAGGGGUCCUUAGACCAUAUUGCUCUUGUAGAACUUCCUGGGACAGAGGAUGUGUCCCACCAGCCAGUGAAUUUUGGUCCCCUUGAUGAAACCAACUGUAAUAAACCACAAGCCUAUGAAGGAAUGGAUGAGCUACAGUGUGAAGACUUUAACCAAAGUCUGAGCAACCAAGGAACAGUAACAAAACCUUUAAAAGAUUUGACAAACACCAACUUUGGUUACAUCAAACAAUCCCAAAAGGCUUGCUCAGAAGAGGAAGACCAGUCAAAUGGCUUUUCUAGAAGGUGA